AUGCUGAUUUUCAUGGAUAACGUGCUUUCAUCUCUUCGAAUUUCUCUCUCCUCGUUCGCAUAUCAGCGCCUUUUCCUUCCAUGUACAAAAUGGCCACCUACCUUAAUGAUUCCUCCCUCUUCGCUCUUCGACUACCGGAGUGUAUUCACAUCCCAGUUUAUUCGCAUCUAUCUAUCUAUCUAUCUAUCUAUCUAUCUAUCUAUCUAUCUAUCUAUCACAUUUUGGUCAUAUCUGUCUAUUAUCUAUCUAUCUAUCUAUCUAUCUAUCUAUCUAUCUAUCUAUCUAUCUAUCUAUGUUAAUAAUUUCACUUUUCUCGAAUUAAACUUUCACCGUCCUUACAUAAAAGCAUACCCAAAUGUCAAUCUGAUAAUGUCACUCAGUUUUAAUCUAUCUAUCUAUCUAUCUAUCUAUCUAUCUAUCUAUCUAUCUAUCUAUCUAUCUAUCUAUCUCAUUCUGAUCUUACCUAUCACAAUGUAUUCAUGUCUAUAUCUAUCUAUUCAUAUCUCCCUUAGUCUUCAUAGUUAUCUAUCUAUCUAUCUAUCUAUCUAUCUAUCUAUCUCAAAGAACUAUAUAUAUACUCACACGGACACAAGAAUAAACAACGUGAUACACAUAUAUAAACAAUGA